CGGGAAUGGCACGUGCUGGCCAAAUAGGAAACAACUCGAAACUGUAGCGCCUUGCGUCCCGUCGACAGAAUAAAAAUAAGGAAAACUGGCGAGCUGCAAGACGAUUUCCACAAAUAUAACAAGCAACAAUUUCGCCCUUGGAGCCCAGAAAGAAAAUAAAAGCUGCCCUCGGUGGCAGAGGAUGCUGCCAAAUACCAACCAAACAAACGCGUCACACUUUCUUGUCGAGUCCACGAUUAUGGUGAACCCGGCUGGUCUGCGCUCUCCUCCAAUGCCACGUUCCGAGGUAUCCUCACCUCGACCAAAGUUCGACGCGGAGCUCUUGAAGGCUUACAUGAAGAAAUUAAUGUCAACAACCCUCCAUGCUGCUGUCUGGCCGGAGCCGCGGGAACGGGACCGGGUCAAAGCCUGGAUGAAGGAAAUAGGAGAGCGCGUAAAGGAACGCAUGGUCGAAAUACAGAAAACAGGAUUCAAGUAUAUCGUGUUAACACAGAUCAAUGAAAAUCUGGGCCAGGGUGGUCGAGCGGACAUGGUAUGCCACUGGGAAGAUUCGGACGUUGUCGCACAAGAGGUAUUUUCGAAUGAUUCAGUCAUUUGUAUCUGUAUAGCGUUCGCAGUACGCACCGUCUGAUUUCUCCGUGUAUGGUCUUUGGUUUUCCCGUUUCCUUCAUCAUACCCAUUCACCGACUCAAUGUCAUUGUUUUCCGAUGAUACCCCCCCCCCCCCCCCCCCCCGGCCUAUUCAAUGUACCGCAUAUAUGGUAGGCCGGAACCAACAACGCGACUCACGUUAACUGUAUCUUUCGAAACCUUUUCUCACCACCAGUAUUUUGCCAUCAUCAUCAAAACAUCUUCACCGCUAAAUCUUUCAUCUUCUCCCGCAAAUUGCCCUACAAUACAUUGUCGCCGUUCUUUCGAAGAUCAGAAGUCACCGCGAUCUUUCCGAUGAAAUGAGUUAUUUGUGUCGUCUCUGAACCCACGAAUGA